AUGACUUCGCAUGCCUUAAAAGUUGACAACUGGUCGCACUGCACUACGCCUUCAGACAGGAAUCCGCCACCGAUGGUGUCCGUCAAAGUUGGGUGUUUCCACAUUGAUCCAGCGUCCGUACGUGGUCGGAGAAUGUUCCUGCUACAAAUGGUAGUGCUGUGCUUCGUUCCUCACGCCGCUUUAAUUGUGCAGAACUGUUCGAUCAUGGCGCAGCUCUCACAGACCUUCGAUUCUUCAUUAUUUUUGAAUUCAGAGGUUAAUACAACAUUAUCACUCGGUGAGAUGGUGCUUGCUGUUCAAGAGGAGCGUUUCUUUGUCACCAGAUAUCUAUUUUCCAACUCCCAAGCUGCAGACAUACCGAACAGGACCACAUUGCAAGGGGUUUUUUUGCUCACAGACCGUUGGUUAGAGGAUGCACCGCAGUCCCUCGUCCCCGAUACAUUGAAAUUCACAUUAUACCAUUUACGAGAGGACGUAAUGAGUAUAAUGAAUUUACAGAAGAAAGACUCGUUGAAGAGGAUAUCUAUUUACCAACAAAUAAACGCGAUACUACUCGUUUAUAUGAUGAAAAGCGUGAAGUCUACGAAAUCUCCAUUAUGGAGACAACUAUCAGCAUGCUACGAACUAGUGCAUACAAUAGAUGAGCUGUCUAUUUCCUUAACACAAGUUACAUAUUCCCUUCUAUCUGGAGAUGUGGAAGCAAUAUUGGAUGUGAAACGCAAUCUUGUAUUGGUGAUAGAAUAUUUACGGUCGGCAAUACAGUAUUUAGAAGUUGACAGGGUAAAUGUUAAGAUCCUGGAGGAAGUUUAUGCUUUUUAUACAACGUCAUCUUUUUUUUCGAUAAAUGAUACUUCAAAAGAAGGCAAAUGGAGAGUUGUGACUAGCAAGUAUAUGGACGAUACGUAUUCCUUAUUGUUCCAGUUGAGAGAAGAGCAAGUUAAUUUAUGGGUAACUGUUAGAGAAUCAGCGGCCGCAGAGAUAUGGGCGGCGCGGCGAACUCUAGUUCUGGGUAUCUCAGUACUUGGAGUGGUCAUUUGUGCAGCGCCCAUUCUUGUAUUACUACUGCGGCACACGUUUCGUACGCUACAGGCGUUCACAGAGUCCAUAGAACAUAGCACACAGCAGGUGAUGAUAGAGAAGCAAAAGAGUGAUCUAUUACUAUCGAGGAUGUUGCCAAUACCAGUCCUGAGGAGACUUAGAGCCCAAAGAACGGUACCAGCGGAGGCCUUUGAUGCAGUAACGAUAUACUUCAGUGAUAUUGUAGGCUUUACAAAUAUAGCUGCUACGAGCACUCCCAUGGAGAUAAUUAACAUGUUAAACAUGUUAUAUAGGAUGUUCGACGAUAAAAUAAUGCAGUAUAAUGUGUAUAAAGUGGAAACGAUAGGAGACGCUUACAUGGUUGUGUCAGGGCUGCCACAGAGGAACGGCAACCGCCAUGCAUCAGAAAUAGCAGAUAUGUCGUUAUCUCUAAUGCGUAGUUUGGAAGGUGCUCGGAUCCCACAUCGACCCGAUGAUCUGCUUCGAAUCCGGGCAGGUGUCAAUACUGGGCCGUGUGUAGCGGGCGUCGUCGGUGCCACUAUGCCUCGGUACUGCCUGUUUGGAGACACUAUCAAUACGGCCAGCAGGAUGGAGAGCACUGGGGAACCAAUGAAAAUACACAUAUCGCAAACGACGAAGACGGCGUUAGAAGAGAUUGGCAAUUACAUUAUGGAGUCGAGAGGAGUGGUGGAUGUGCAGGGCAAAGGUCCAAUGGAGACUUUUUGGUUAGUGGGAAAAGUUGGCGAGAUGGUGAUCGAGAGUCCACCAUGUCUACGCCUCGAGGACUACGACCAGAAUGUAUUAGAGCUUUUAAUUAAG